UUAGGUACCCGGGCAUCUCCGCGGCCGGACACUGAGGCCGCGGCUGAAGGACCAAGCCAGCAGCCCCCGCCCCGGCGAGGAACAGGUGAUGGGCCGGUCGGGCCGGCUGCUGCUGUGGCUCGGCGCCGCGGGCGCCAUUCUCUGCUCCAGCUCGGGGUCCCAAGCGCCUUCUCUGACAUCCUCACCACGGCCGCUGCCCAUUCCCAGCGCCCAGGACCCAAAAGUCACCACCCGACCUGGCAGCUUGGAGCCACCCUUUCCCCUAAGUCCCCUAGGCACCGAGGGGCCUUGGCUGUUCUCCACCUGCGGGGCCAGCGGCCGACGCGGCCCCACACAAACGCAGUGUGACGGGGCGUACGCGGGCAGCAGCGUGGCGGUGACGGUGGGCGCCGCGGGGCCGCUGCGAGGUGUGCAGCUGUGGCGCGCGCCCAGCCCUGGGCAAUACCUGAUCUCGGCUUACGGAGCCGCGGGCGGCAAAGGCGCCAAGAACCACCUGUCGCGGGCACACGGCGUCUUCGUCUCCGCCGUCUUCUCGCUGGGUCGCGGGGACCCACUUUACAUCCUCGUGGGGCAGCAGGGAGAGGACGCCUGCCCCGGCGGGAGCCCGGAGAGCCGGCGCGUCUGCCUCGGAGAGUCCUGGGCGGCUGAAGAGCACGAGGCGACGGAUGGGCCCGAAACGGUGCCUGGGUCGAGGCGCUGGGCCGGGGGCGGCGGGGGCGGCGGGGGCGCCACUUUCGUCUUCCAGAUGCGCGAGGGCGAGCUGGAGCCGCUGCUAGUGGCUGCCGGAGGCGGUGGUCGGGCCUACCUGAGGCGGCGGGACAGAGGCUGGACUCAGGCCGCCCCCGAGAAGCUGGAGAACCGCUCAGCAGCGCCCGGGAGCGGCGGGAGAGGCGGGGCGGCAGGUGGAGGCGGCGGCUGGACUUCGCGGGCCCCCUCGCCGCAGGCCGGCCGCUCGCUGCGGGAGGGGGCCGAGGGCGGCCAGGGCUGCGCCGAAGCCUGGGCUGCCCUUGGCUGGGCGGCGGCCGGCGGCUUCGGGGGCGGCGGCGGGGCCUGCACCGCGGGAGGAGGCGGCGGCGGCUACCAGGGGGGUGAUGCUUCUGAGACUGACAUGCUCUGGGCUGAUGGGGAAGAUGGGGUGUCCUUCAUACACCCCAGCAGUGAGCUCUACCUGCAGCCUCUGGCAGUCAUGGAGAGUCACGGGGAAGUGGAGAUCCGAAGGCACCUCAACUGCAGCCAUUGCUCUUUGAAAGACUGCCAGUGGCAGCCAGCGCUCCAGUCACCCCAGUGCUUAUGCCCAGAGGGCAUGGAGCUCGCUGGGGACAACAUCACCUGCAUGGACCUGCCAGCGCCCCCAGGCCCUCUGGUUCUGAUGGUGGCUGUGAUGGCGACCUUGACACUGAGCCUCCUUAUGGUGUGUGGGGUCCUGAUUCUGGUGAACCAGAAGAAGUGGCAGGGCCUGUGGGGGACGAGGCUGCCAGGCCCUGAGCUCGAGCUGAGCAAGCUCCGAACAUCUGCCAUCAGGACAGCCCCCAAUCCCUAUUAUUGCCAAGUGGGGCAGGGCCCCGCCCAGUCCUGGCCUCUGCCCCCAGGGCUCACUGAGAUUUCCCCAGCCAACAUCACCCUGCUCAGGGCUCUGGGCCAUGGUGCCUUUGGGGAGGUAUACGAGGGACUGGUCAUUGGUCUUCCUGGGGACUCCAGCCCCCUGCAGGUGGCUAUCAAGACGCUGCCCGAGCUGUGCUCACGCCAGGAUGAGCUGGAUUUCCUCAUGGAGGCGCUCAUCAUCAGCAAGUUCAGCCACCGGAACAUUGUGCGGUGUGUGGGGCUCAGCCUGCGGGCUGCCCCUCGCCUCAUUCUGCUGGAGCUGAUGUCUGGCGGGGACAUGAAGAGUUUCCUGAGGCACAACCGGCCACACCUGGGCCAGCCGUCGCCUCUGGUCAUGCAGGACCUGCUGCAGCUGGCUCAGGACAUAGCCCAAGGCUGCCACUACUUGGAGGAAAAUCACUUCAUCCACAGGGACAUUGCUGCCCGUAACUGCCUGCUGAGCUGCACUGGGCCCAGCCGAGUGGCCAAGAUUGGGGACUUCGGGAUGGCAAGAGACAUCUACCGGGCCAGCUAUUACCGCAAGGGGGGCCGGGCCUUGCUCCCCGUCAAGUGGAUGCCCCCAGAGGCCUUCUUGGAGGGCAUCUUCACACCCAAGACAGACUCCUGGUCUUUUGGGGUGCUGCUCUGGGAGAUCUUCUCCCUGGGGUACAUGCCCUACCCUGGGCGCACCAACCAGGAGGUGCUGGACUUCGUUGUGGCGGGGGGCCGGAUGGACCCUCCCAGGGGCUGCCCGGGGCCUGUGUACCGCAUCAUGACCCAGUGUUGGCAGCACCAGCCUGAGCUGCGCCCUGGCUUCGCCAGCAUCCUGGAGCGGCUCCAGUACUGCACUCAGGACCCCGAUGUGCUGAAUGCGCCCCUGCCAAUGGAGCUGGGGCCCACCCUGGAGGAGGAAGGGGCGUCUGGGCUGGGAAACCGGUCUCUGGAGGGCCUCAGAGCCCUCCAACCCCAGGAACUGAGUCCAGAGAGCAUGAAGAGCUGGAGAGGGAACCCUCUCGGCCCCUGGUUGUCUUCUGGCCUCAAGCCCCUCAAAUCCAGGGGCCUCCAACCGCAGAACCUCUGGAACCCUACCUACGGCUCCUGGGCCCCUCGGGGCUGUGAGGGGGACGACUCGGGCACUGACCACAGCAAUGGCUCCUCCUCACGCUCCUUCCCGGCCUUCUAGGCACCAGGCGGCCGGUUCCCCAGUUAGCCUUUGUCCCCUGCAGCCUGUGCUGCAUGCUGGGCCUUAGGCAGGACCCCUGGGGGGAGCUUAGCCACUUCUGGGUGGGGGGCAUGCCGCAUCACCCCUGCAGGUGCUUCUAAUAAAAGCCCUUC